GAAGUGCCACAACCGUUCCUCACUUAUGACAACGGAUCGGAGCGGCGGGACCGGAUGCUUGUCUUCGCCAGCAGCGAGCAGCUCAGAGCCUUGAGCACGAGCCCAACCUGGUACAUGGACUGGACGUUUUCAGUCUGCCCCCGGCUGUUUAAACAACUCUACGUGCUCAGGUGCGCAGUCGAGGAAAGCUCCGCCGCCUGCAUCUACGCCCUCCUUGCUGGCAAGAGCCUCGCGAUCUAUGAAGAGCUUUUUCGGGCCGUCCUUGACGCAUGCGAAGAGGUUACCUUCCAGACCCCAGCGUCAUCGUGAAUGAUUACGAGAUGGCUGCGGUCCGGGCAGUAAGGGAAGUCUUCGGGCCAGACUUUGCAUCCAGUGGGUGUUUCUUUCAUCUCUGCCAGAGUACCCAUCGCAAGGUACGUGAGCUGGGACUGAUCAACAAGUACCGGUCCGAUGACGCCUUCAGGAAGGCUUGCGGGGUGCUAGACGGCCUUGCCUUCGUGCCUCCCGACCUUCUACCAUCCCUACUUCAGCAAAUUCGUGACAUGGCACCCAACGACAUGGCCGAAAUACUCGCGUACUUUGACUCCACAUACGUGAGAGGAACGUUUCGCACUGCUUCAAGAGCGGGAGCAGAUGGACGACUGACAACCACCGUGCGCCGCCGAGGCCCCGAGUUUCCUCCGGAGCUCUGGAACGUCAUGGAAGCAACGCUGCGAGGGGAGGACUGCACCAACAAGUAAACAACACCUGCGAGAGGUGGAACAACGCUUUAAACACCUCG